AUGAGCAACAGCAGCAACCCCCGAGACAUCAUCGCCUGGCUGGUCCCCACGGCACGCGGCACAAGCGCCGACAAGGCAACACACCUCCCUGCCAACACGGCCCGAACCAUAGACAUAUCCGCCUCCUCGCCCAGCCACCUGUCCUCGAAGCUGUCCCAUCCGCCGGGAUGCGCGCCCCAGAGAGCCAUCCAGCUGCGCUUUAGCCAGGAGCCCCUUCGACGGGGGCGCUUCGUGCUCGGCACCGACGCCAACCGCUGCGACGUGCUCCUCCCCCCGGCGCCCGGCAUCUCCGCGCAGCACUGCUCCAUCGGCUUCGACGCCGAGUCGAGGCUGGUGCUGGACGACUUCUCCGAGGCCGGCACCCAGGUCUGGUACGACUGGGCGUGCAGCGGCGACCAGAGAGGCCACUCGUGGAUCCUGGGCCGCGGGGAACAGCGCGUCGUCAUUGACGUCCAGGGCGUGCGCUUCCGGCUCGUCGUCAAUGACCGCUCGGCCGACUGGGACGCGUACAGGGCAGACGUGGAUGCGUUUUGCCGGCAGCCGAGCCGUGAGGCCGUCCCGUCGCUCUACGUCCAGCCGCUCAUCCGGCACAUCUUUGUCAAGGGCCUCGGCGGCGAGCACACGGGCGACGUGUACCUCUGGGACUUGUCGAGGCCGUGGGAACCAAUGGUCAAAGCAUCUGCAUGA